AUGACCACAAAUGGCGGAAGUCUUGAAGAUUGCCAUACAAACGUUUUUGCAUUGCAGGAUCCAGUGCUAAGUGCUUAUGCAAAAUGCUUGCAAGCAGGCAUCCUCUGUGCUUGGCGACGUCAGCCACCACAACCUACCGGAACCCUUGCCGCACUGCAGUUGCCCGAUUACCGGAUCGAUGUUGUCAAGGAGUUGUGGGUUUUCUGGUACUCCCAGGAAGAGCCGAGUUGCCUUACCGAAUUCACCAAUCAUCUUGCUUGUGCGGAAGAUGGACAAGGCAACUGGUCAGUGCCCGGCAUACAGUACGAAACCAGGACGUUAUUUUUCAAGGCACUACACAAUUUAAUAGAAAGAAAUCUGUUAAAAAAUGGAUACAUACGUAUCGGCAAAUAUUUCACACGCCCAUAUGAAGUACCUUCGUCCGAUCGUAUACAGUGUUCUCCCAGUUAUGUGCUUGGGAUCAGCUUUAAUUUUUUUGUGCAUGGCGAAAAUACCGUUUGCGCCACCGUCUCUGCACAACGGCAGCCAACGCUGUUUCGCCUGUCUCGGCGCCAUCUCAGUCUGGGCAAAAAGCAGUCCGUUAUACUCGGACCGUGGUCAAUGCGUGCCAUACUGCUACCCGACCAGCCACGUAUCAUCGAGCCAUCCAUGCCACAGCAACAACCUGGUAUCGAGCAGUCAGGAAAUUUUCCUAGUACCGCAAUGCAGUUUCCAAGUACAUGCCGCGAAGCUCCUCCGAUGCAGGCAGUUCCACAUCAGACAGAUCCAAUGGCAUGCUCGUCGCAUGGUCCAGGAACAAUUUCGAAGGCUGUUGUCGAUAAGUUAUGGGCUGAAUGGUUGCAGUUUUUCUGUCUCAUUGUCAACGAUGAACGAAAUGUUAGCGCUACGGAUACCGUUGGACACGCUGGCUGUUCGGGAAUUUCAUCGUCGUCGUCAUCAGCAAAAAAUGGUGGCAUGCCAAAGAUGGUUCUGGUCGAUGUUGAUGGUGUUCACAUGUGGUAUCCGAGCUCGCUGAUCGUUGUGCAGGCUUCAGAUGAUUUGCUGAUGAGGUUGUUUCAUGAGCAUAUUUUCUGGGUAAAAUGGAAAAUAUUUUGGGAAAACGCUGAAGUCUUACAAGUUUGA